UCCGUAUAAAAGUCACAUUCGCUUGGGACAAGGCAGUACAACACUCAACAGCAAUCAAGAUGAAGUUCGCUCUUGUUCUCCUCGCCCUCGUCGCCGUGGCCGCCGCCCGCCCCGGCAGCGUCUUCGACAUCGACUUCGACGACUUCCACAUUGACCAGGAUAUCUCCAACGAGGUGGUGCAGGGAACCUACAGCUGGACGUCCCCCGAGGGAGAGAAGUUCUUCAUCAAGUACAUCGCCGACGACGACGGAUACCGCAUCGUCGAGUCCAACGCCGUCCCCGUCACCAACGGCGUCGCCGCCGACGGCAACCAGGGAUCCUUCGUGUCCCUCGAGGAUCUCUUCGACAGGAGUUAAG